CCCCCCACCACCACCACUCCUUCCUCACCCUCCGGCUCCAGGCGAAGGAAGCGAGAGAAGAGGAAAGAAAUCCUCCUUGGGGGUGGGUGGGGUUAGACGAGGGGGGGGGCUGCUUUUCCCCUCAGGGAGGCGACGACCGAACCCUCCUCUCUCCCCCUCCCCACAACCUUCGCUCGGUUUCCUCCCCCCCCCGUGGCUGGGGAGGCAGGAAGACUCGGUCGCCUUCCGCGUCUCCUCCCUCCGUCUCUCCUCGCCUUUUCUGCUUGCAGGAGGAAUGUGGGGGGGCCUUGAGUUGAGAGUGGGGCGCUGGGGGCAACGGCUGCGGGAGACCCCCCUUCCUUUCGGCCUGCUGUUGCGUGUGGGCACAAGAACUAAAUUGAACUGAGCGGAGGGCUUGAACUCGCCCUUUUUUUGGGGGGGGAGGGGGGGAAUACCCCCCCCCUCUUCCUCCUCCCCUCCACUUUUUCUACCUUUCGGCUUUCGAGUUGGGUUUGUUGCUUCGUUGCCGUUCUCUGGAAGGACGAGGCUUGUUAUAUAUGAAGACGCUGUGUGGACAGUAAUGACUGGACGUUUCCGAUUGCCUGCUGGCAGAACCUACAAUGUACGAGCAUCUGAGCUGGCACGAGAUAGACAGCAUACAGAGGUGGUCUGCAAUAUUCUUCUUCUAGAUAAUACUGUACAAGCAUUCAGACUUAAUAAACAUGAUCAGGGGCAAGUUCUGUUGGAUGUAGUUUUCAAACAUCUUGAUCUGACUGAGAGAGACUAUUUUGGUUUACAAGUGGCUGAUGAUUCUGCUGAUAACCCUAGGUGGCUGGAUCCAAACAAGCCAAUUAGGAAACAGUUGAAAAGAGGAUCACCCCACAAUUUGAACUUCAGAGUCAAAUUUUUUGUAAGCGAUCCUAAUAAGCUUCAAGAAGAAUAUACACGGUACCAGUAUUUUUUGCAAAUUAAACAAGAUAUUCUUACUGGAAGAUUGCCCUGUCCUUAUAAUACUGCUGUACUCUUGGCUUCCUAUGCUGUUCAGUGUAAGUACAUACCUGAACUGGGAGACUACAACCUUACAGAUAACUUCCCGGGCUACCUCUCAGAUUACUCUUUCAUCCCUGGCCAGCCUCAAGACUUUGAAAAAGAAAUAUCCAAACUACAUCAGCAACAUAUAGGUUUGUCUCCAGCUGAAGCAGAGUUCAGUUAUCUCAGUACUGCCCGAACCUUAGAACUCUAUGGAGUUGAACUGCACUAUGCAAGGGAUCAAAGUAAUAAUGAAAUUAUGAUUGGAGUAAUGUCAGGAGGCAUACUCAUUUAUAAGAACAGGGUACGAAUUAACACCUUUCCAUGGUUGAAAAUCAUAAAAAUUUCUUUUAAGUGCAAGCAGUUUUUCAUUCAACUUAGAAAAGAAUUGCAUGAAUCUAGAGAAACUUUAUUGGGCUUCAACAUGGUGAAUUAUCGAGCGUGUAAGAAUUUAUGGAAAGCUUGUGUAGAACAUCAUACUUUUUUCCGGUUGGACAGACCACUGCCACCUCAGAAGAACUUUUUUGCACAUUAUUUUACUUUAGGGUCAAAGUUUCGGUACUGUGGGAGAACAGAAGUCCAGUCUGUACAAUAUGGCAAAGAAAGGGCAAACAAGGACAGGGUGUUUGCCAGAUCCCCAAGUAAACCUUUGGCUCGCAAAUUGAUAAGUGGGAUGGACUGGGAGGUUGUCAGCAGAAAUUCAUUGUCUGAUGACAGGUUAGAAACUCAAAGUUUACCAUCCCGUUCUCCACCUGGAACCCCUAAUCAUCGCAACUCCACAUUUACUCAAGAGGGAAACCGUUUACGGCCAUCUUCAGUUGGACAUUUAGUAGACCGUGUAAUCCAUACUUCACCCAGUGAGGUAUUUGCAAAUCAUCGGUCGCCUUCUUCUACACAGGCCAAUAGUAUAAUUCUAGAAUCAUCACCGUCUCAAGAGACCCCUAUAGAUGGCCAACCACCUGCACUGCCACCUAAACAAUCUAAAAAGAAUAGUUGGAACCAAAUUCAUUAUUCACAUUCACAGAUAGAAUUGGAUAACCAUAUAAAUGAAACAUAUGAUGAUGAUUCUUCCUCGUCUCCUGAAAAAUCUACUCCAAAUGGUGGGAUUCCUCAUGACAAUCUUGUUCUGAUCAGAAUAAGACCUGAUGAAAAUGGCAGAUUUGGUUUCAAUGUAAAGGGUGGAUAUGACCAGAAGAUGCCUGUCAUAGUGUCUAGGGUGGCCCCCGGAACACCUGCUGAUGUUUGUGUCCCUCGUUUGAAUGAAGGAGACCAAGUUGUAUUGAUUAAUGGCAGGGAUAUAUCAGAACACACCCACGAUCAAGUUGUUAUGUUUAUUAAAGCUAGCUGUGAGCGGCACUCAGGGGAACUUGUACUCCUAGUUCGACCCAAUGCUGUUUACGAAGUAGUAGAAGAAAAGCUAGAAAGUGAGCCAGAUUUCCAGUACAUACCUGACAAGUCCCCACUUGAUGGAAUUCACCAGGAUGACAAUGCUCUGAGAGAAUCAAUGUUUCAACUAGCGGAAGGGCUUAUCACUGGAACAGUCCUGGCUCAGUUUGAUCAACUUUAUAGGAAGAAGCCUGGGAUGACAAUGUCUUGUGCCAAAUUACCUCAAAAUAUUUCCAAAAAUAGAUACAGAGACAUUUCGCCUUAUGAUGCUACACGGGUCAUUUUAAACAGUAAUGAUGAUUACAUCAAUGCAAAUUAUAUAAAUAUGGAAAUUCCUUCUUCUAGUAUAAUCAAUAAAUACAUUGCCUGUCAAGGUCCUUUGCCCAACACUUGCCCAGAUUUUUGGCAGAUGACCUGGGAACAAAGCUCCUCGAUGGUUGUUAUGUUAACCACUCAAGUGGAAAGGGGCAGAGUAAAAUGUCAUCAAUACUGGCCAGAGCCUGGCGGAAGCUCUUUAUAUGGGAAUUUCCAAGUCACCUGUCAUUCAGAAGAAGGAAAUCCUGCCUAUGUCUUCAGAGAGAUGACAUUAUUUAACUUGGAGAAAAAUGAGGAUCGUCCACUCACUCAGAUCCAGUAUGUAGCAUGGCCUGAUCAUGGAGUUCCUGAUGAUUCCAGUGAUUUCUUAGAUUUUGUAUGUCUUGUCCGGAAAAGAAGGGCUGGGAAAGAAGAACCUGUUAUUGUCCAUUGCAGUGCAGGGAUUGGACGAACUGGAGUUCUUAUUACUAUGGAAACAGCAAUGUGUCUUAUUGAAUGUAAUCAACCUGUUUAUCCCUUGGAUAUUGUAAGAACAAUGAGAGAUCAAAGGGCAAUGAUGAUCCAAACACCUAGUCAAUACAGAUUCGUUUGUGAGGCUAUUUUGAAAGUGUACAAAGAAGAACUUGUUAGACCUUUAAAGACAUCACCGAAUAAAUAGGAAGCAAAAGAUAACUUUCAGAGAAGCUUCUACAUAAGACACAAACUGUACUUGUGCUAUAAUGUUUCUUGAAAGAAAUGAUGUCUGAAAAUAAUGAAGAACUGAAAAGGACUUCAGCACUAUUGCACUUUAAGUUAAAACUGAAAAUCAGUCUCUAAAACACUAUGAUUUCUCUGUGUUGAAAGACUCCAUUCAUGCUUUGCUUCAAACAAGCCACAGAAUUAAUGAGCUCCAUGAGUUCUGGAUAAUUUUCCAGACUUGGUUGCAGUGCCAUAUAGCCCUUUUGUUCGAAAUGCUACAAAAAAAGAAAAAGGAAAAAAAAAAGCUUGGAAUACUUUCAUUCUUUAUUUGACACCUGUUUCUAAAGCAACAACAAUACAUGCAAAGCUAUUUCUUCCAAUGCUAAAGUUGUCAUGUUAUUUGCUACCUUUUAUUUUGGUGAAAUAUUAGCAAUAUUCCUUUUAUUAGAUACACUGCCUACUGAAACAGCACAUUUCUCCCUGUGCCCUUCUAGAAUCUAACCUGAUUACUAACGGAAGGCUGCAGUAUGAUCUAACCCAAUAACAGCUGCAUAAUGGCCCACUGAACCAGCAUUUUGUUUAGUUGGUAUAUGAACAUUCUUUGUACUGCUAGUUCUAUUCCUGUUUGUCAGCAGAUUAUAGCACCAGUGUGUUCUGAAACAUAGAUGGCGUUACCUAUGGAAAUGAAUGUGUAUUUUGUCUUAACCCCCUAAGUGCCUUGAGACUUACAGUGUAUGUCUUAAUGGCAAGGGAUUUGUGGCCCUCAAGGGGAAGCUAUCAUCAUAAUUAGAUUCAUUUUAAAAUAUGAUCCUUGGUGCUUAGAAUAGGGUACAGUAAGGGGUCACAAAAAUACUGUUCCUAAAUACUGUUCCUUUUCUCUCUAUAAGUACCUAUGGGUACAUUUUACUGUGGGUAGCAAAAGCACUCUAGCCUAUUAAGUAUAUAACCUUCGUUUACUGCUAUGAAUUGAAAUGGAAAUUCUGACACAUUCCUUUCAACUGGUAAACUGCUAGCAAUUUAUAAUUGAAAGCCAAUAUAUUGAUUUAGAAUUUGUUCUUCUGUUUUUCCCUCUCAUUGAAAAGUAGUAAUUUGACUAGGAUAUAACAUUUUAAUUGUAUUGAUCUUCUGCUUGAAAUGUGAAGAUCCAAGGUGAGAUUUCCCUAUCAUAGUUAUUUUUCUCCAAGUUCAUGUUUGUUGUUUCUCAAGUCAUGUUUAUGUUUUUUAAAGAAAAAUGUGUCAUUAAAGUUUUAUCAUUGUCCCCUAGAGCUUUCUGAUAAGCUCUUUGGGUCUUUCUAUGAUACUUCAUUCAGGAAUUGGCAUAUACCAUUGGAAUUAGCAGAAUCUGAACAGAUUGCAUAUAGGUUUGUUUUUUGUUUCAUUCAGAAAUGUUUCUAGGGCAGUUAAAACCCACUAGGCAAUGAAUAAUCCUUCCUUAGUUAAGUUGACAAUUUAAUUCUUUAUGAAUUUAAAUCUGUCUGUCUAGUUAAAUAUCUUGAUUUGCUGCCAGGUUUUUUAAAAUGUGAGAUAUUGAGAAUAUGGAAUGAAACUACGAAGUUUUUAAAAUGCAUUUGUGUGUAUGUGUAUGUGUGCAUGUAUAGAAAGAGUGAAUGAGCAUGUAUGUGUAUAUGUAUAGAUAUGCACAUACACACACACACUUAUAUUGUAGUGGGAGAAACUUACAGAUAUGUCAAUAGAUGAGGAGGCACUUUCUCCAAAUCCCCUUUUCCUGCUGUCAGUUGUACUUUCUUAGAACUUGUAGAGGGCUGGAAAUAGAGUUAUCUAUUUCUCAUAACUGCUUCCACAGAGGGAUCCCUCACCUUAGAUUAAGAGUCUUCCAUAGACAGGAGAAACUUCUGUAUGUAACAUGAUGCCUCGAUCUAACUAUGAUGCAUUGAGGAAAUUCCCACUCAGUUUAAAUGCUAUUAUAUAACCCUAUGCCAUGAUGUGAAAUGAAGGAGUUAACAAAAUCUUUUAGAUUUGUUUUAAACAGGCUUGUAAGCUAAGCAGUAUUGUUUCUUCACAAACCAAAUCUAGCAUAUUUCUUUAAUAGUUCUUUAUUGCCUCCACAAACGCAUAUACACGUACACACCAGUGCUACCAUCAAGGAAUUGAUCAGCUAUUCUUUUUUUACCCAUCUUGUGGUUCAAGUGAGAUUGAAUCUGAGUUUCAAAAACUUCCACAUUCUUAAAAGAAUUUUUUCCAAUCUGUAGAAAUGUAGUUGUGUUUUCACAAACUGAAGCAAAUGCGAAAUGCACUUCAAUUUCUUACAGCAGUGAAAGUGAAGGAAGUGAUGGAAUCAAGGUUAUUCUAGAUAAAAUAACUGAAAGAUCCAUGGGCUUUUGAUGGGCUGUUACUAUUCUGUAGAAAUAAGAGAUUGGAGAGGGGAAUUUCAUAUGAUAAAGUGCAAUGUGGGAACAGGUGUCGAAGUCUGCAAUCAUCUAAACUUGCCUUACACGUUGGUGUAAGCAAUGUAAACCUUUUAAUGGAAUGUCUGCAGUGGUCGUUCUUACUACUGCUAGUUUUUGGUAAAUGCAAAUAAUAAACGUACAUCUACUCGUGUUUGCUUAAAAAGAAGCUUUGUAACUGGAAAGUGGGCGUUGAUUUAGAUACUAUUUUUAAUUGUUAUACCAUUGUGCUGGUUAUCUGCAAGGUUGGUUUGCAUUUGGAACAAGUUAAAAAUAUAUUAAAUUAUUAUACUUAUUAUACCAUUAAUUAAGCCACUUAAUGAUCUUACUAUUGAUCUUACUAGUACUAUUUUAAUAUAUACUAUUAUAUAUUAAAAAUUAAUUGUCUCUCUGUAAGAUUGUUGAAGGGAAAAACCUAGAAUGGCUCAGCAAUGUGUAUUGUUAAUAUUGUACAUACACUCAUAUUUGUAUGUGAGGUUGCCAAAGUAAUUUAAAUCUAUGAGAAACAUUGCUACAACAAGAUACAGCAUUGUUGUAGCAAAGUUUUGGUAUUUGGUAUAUUUAUGCAACAUAGAGACAGUAAUUUUAACUACCUUAAUGUCUUCCCUCCAAGCUGAUUUAGAAGUUACUAAACCAUGCCAACAAAUACAUUUUGAAAUUAUAUUUCCUUGGUAGGGUCACAAAUUAAAGGAAUUUAAAUGCCUAAAUUAGAUAAAUGGAAUAAUAAAAGUAUCCUUAUGUCUUUGAAAUGAAUAUUCAAAUUGCAUCUGCCCACUAUAUUAAUAUUUUACUAAUAUUUUAUAUGACCUAAAAGUUAAUACUGCUAAUUGCUUUGCAUUGGGUUAUGAGGAUCUGCAUCAAGCUGAAAUGAAAAAUAUUUUUGUAUGUGUUUCAUUCUGUAUAAAACAUGAAAAUGUGUUUCAGGCAUAAUGUCAUAUAAAAUGAUAAGUGUUAUGGAUGUCAGAUUUUAUGGAGAAAUAUUUUCUUACUAUUUGCUAAAAACUGGGGAGAAAAAUUGUAACAUUUCCUGUUUUCUAAUUCAAAUUGCUUUCCUUGUAAAUAAGAGUAAUAGGGUAAUAGUUUUGUGCCAAUGUAUUUUUUUUUUAAUGUUGAAAAUUAUAACUAUUUAAGGUACUUUUGAAGAUUUGUUUCAUGCAGAAAUCUAGGACUCUAAGACUUGUUAAAAUGGUUUUUGUUUUGUUUUGCUAUUUAAGUUGUGUGGCUUUGGGAUGAUAGGGUUAUACCAAGUUAAAUAUAAAGUAUCCAUAGUCAUUUUCUGAGGAAUGCAACUGGCUAAUUGCACCACUUUGAGAAAUCCCUCCAAAUCUGAGUGGAAUAUGCAUCUCUAGUAACAGAGCCAUUCACCAUUUGCUUAUAGCUGAAUAUUGUGGGCAUAGAAGCAGAUCUCCUCAGAUGCAUUAAAAUAGCCAUGUCCCUGUAUUUUUAUUAUUAAUAGUAGUAUGCGAAGAAAAUUAUUCUUGGUAUAGUUGAUGGAAACAUUUGGACAAGUAACUUUAGGAUAAAAAUUGGACUGUUAAAUUACAGCAUUACCCGCCGUGAUAGAAACAAUAAAGUCCGCCAUGUACUCUGCAGGCCAAAACAAUUUACCAUUUUAAUUCCCCUCCCCCUAAAAUCAUGCUGCAGCUUUCAUCAACAGCUUUAUAUAAAGAUUUCACAAACCUUUUCUACAUGUAAAAUACAUAUUAAUUCUAAUAUCUUCAAGUGUUGUAAUAGUAGUAUCCUGCAGUUAAUUAUUUAGAAAUGCUACUCUCCUCUAAUCAGAAGGCCCAAAAUGCAAGUGAAGAGAGCUGGAGAGAGGGGUUUUUUUUUGAUAGAACUAGUAUAGAUGGCACUUUGUUGGAAGCAAAGUACAGAUUAGAAGGUAACAUCUAUGGAGGUGCAAUGAAUUGCUUCAGUUGCAGCUGUGUAGGGAGGAUAAGUAAUAGAGAGAAAGUGGGAUAUCAGAAAUUUUUACAUCUAGUGGAGGCAGAAUUCCCUUAUAUUUUUAGAAGGGUUCUGCUUGAUGGACAAGAUUACAACUAUGCAGGCCUUCAAUUGGCAAUGGAUGUUUCUCAGUUCCCUGAGAAUCUUAUAGCAUGUCUGCCCCAGACACUGUAUUAAGCCAUAUAUGUUUCAUUCAAGUAUUCCUCUUCACUGUGACUAAGCUGUCUACAAGGAUUGGAUACAUCUGGUACUAGUAAUCUUAAAUUAAUGUAUAGUUGACAACAAUCGCAAAUUAUUUUGAUUUCUACAUGUUUUAAAAUUACAUCCGUACAUCUCCACAUGAUGUAAAGCAUAUUGACCAGAAAAUUCUUUGCAUGUUUAUUCCACCCAUAUAUAAGAGUAAUAUAUUGGACCAUACAGAUUAACCCCUAAAUAAAUAGAAAGUGUACAAAGUGGCAGGAAAGAACUCGCAUUGCACUAAUUAUUAAUAAAUUUCUAGCUGUUAUAAUUUAAUUUAAUUUAAUAUUUAAAUUUAUAUACCGCCCUUCUCCCGAAGGACUCAGGGCGGUGAACAAAAGAACGGGACCAGAAGAAUUCUUUUUCUUCUUCCAGAAUCCCUAUGAAUUUUACAACAAGGCUUUUUGCUAAAGAAAAGUUCCAGCAAAGAUAUUUCGUCCUCUGUAUGAAGCCGUUCACCAUUUGCUUAUAGCUGAAUAUUGUGGGCAUAGAAGCAGAUCCUCAGAGGCAUUAAAAUAGCCAUGGUGGUGAUUUAUACUAUAUCUGAGCAUAAAAAAUCAUUUUGCCAGUUGGAUUUGCUUCUAAGCAAAUGAGUUGAGAGAUGUCUUUUGAGAGAUGCCUUAACUACAAAUACAGUGACUUGGAUCUAAAGAUACUCUUGCAUUUGUAAGAGGUUUCUGUAUUGCAGAAGGGGAUUCCUGAAACAGCCUUCCCCAAUCUGGACAUCUUCCAAAUGAAUGUGGAAUUCUGGAAGCUAGAAUCCAUACAUCCAGUGGAUUCCCAGAUUGGAAAAGGCUGGCUAACAAUUUCCAUUUACUGUUACUACAGAUCUGUGCCACAACAAAUGCUAAUGGUUCCUAACAUUCAGGAUGGAAUUUAAAUUCAGAAAGAGGUGUAAAAGUGCAGGGGUUUUUUACUCAGUCUAUUAGCUAAGAAGUCUGUGUUUUAUAUUCUGGGGAGAUGAUAAUUUCAUUUUUCUGAUAUGCUCUGCAUUUGUUACAAAUCUGUUUUUAAUGAUUGAGUGUGGACUGGUUAGUUUUAAUUUGCAGCUGCCAUAUUUUCAUAAACUUGGAAGAUUAACUUUUUCAGUUAGUGCCAUUGUCACAUGCUGCAAAAUAAGGAACACUGGGUACAGACCUAAAUCAUCUAGUUCACUGUAACAUUUAAAUAGUUUAUUUUAAAAAUGGAGAGACAUUUAAAACAUAUGGGAAUUGCUAGAAGAGACAAACUAAUAUAUUUGUUUUAAUUUAAUUCUGUUCUAAUGGCUAAGCUAGAAAUGCAAACCAAAGCUAAAAUACUUGUUUCUCAAUCUUCUGAGUGGGAUAACAACAAAUAGGAAAAAAAUCAUCUUGGUUUGAAUAAUUGCCUAUCUGGAACUUUGAAGGUUUCAUUCCCUAGGUUUAAAUAUUCCUUCAUAUAAACUGCAAUCUGGGUCAUUAGAAUAUUUAAGGAAAUAAUUUCACUGGCUAUAUGGUAAAAUUAUAUUGCCUUAAGUAAAAUGUUACUGUUGCAUGAUAACUCCUACACAAAACUUUGAAGACCACUAUACUAAUAUUUUGGAACUUAUUCCCCUGGGAAACAAAAGUGGAUACUUUGGAAAGUAAGAGUUUGACAAUAUUUGCUUACUUAUUACUUAUUAAACAUUUUGAGUGUAUUUCAUUUUUAUCUAAAUUUCUUAAAAAUUCAAAAUAGUAGCACUUUAUGUAAUGCUUUACUACUGAAAAACAUUUUAGAUAAAACAAAUCUAUUAUAUGAUUAGGGAGAGGUUUAACUUAACGAGAGUUUAUUGGGGUGAUUCCUAAUGUGAAUGCUUUAAAGCUUAGCUUUCCAGUUUGCUUCCAUCCAGGUUAAAAUGCAUUAAUUAACUCCAAAUACUUAAUCUUGCCAUCUUCCAGAUUAAUGCAUAAUAUUAAUGCUUCUGUAUUCAUUAUAGUGCUAGGACAGCAUAUUUCAUGAUAUAGCAAUGCAGUUCUGAAUUGCAACACCUUUUUUCAAAUUUAGUUUCAGAAUUGUAAUAAUCAGCGAGAUUAAAAUACCCCCACAAAUAGUUAUCAGUUCUUUUAUAUUUAAUUUUCUCAGUAUCUGAUAUUUGCCAUAAAAGAAAAAUUUAUAAUGGCCUUGGAUCCAGUAGCGUACAAUUCAAUGUCUAGUUAUUUAGACAUUUUCAGACUUGGGAGACCUUGGAGGAAAACUUCAAAUGCAGCUUAAUUAUGCAAGCAAAAAUUAUUGAAACUUUAAUAUAAAUGUGGGAAGGAUUUACAUGCCCACGGAAUGCUUUGAUUCCUGUUUAGCAUUUUUACAUUUGUUUUAAAAUCUAUAAAUCAGCAAGAGUUGUUUGUAUAACUUUAUAAAGAGUAAGUAGUGCACAAAAAUAAUUUUAAGAGGGGAAAGUUGCAAUUUAUGUAGGUAAAGUCUAUGAUAGAAUUGGAGGUUCUAAAACAAUUAGCACUAAGUUGUAUUGUAUUCUAUUGUUUAAUAAACUAACCAGUAUGAUUAUUUUCACACAUUAGAGGCUGGUGUCAAGUGUAAUGUUAAUAUGGAUACUAACUAAUGAUGCGAUUCUCCUAGCAAAUUCUAAAACAAUUUUGUGUUUAUAUGUAGGAUUUCUUUAUUUCCUUUUUUUCUGGCACAGGUGCUAUUCUGUAUGUAAAUAAUAAAGGAUAUAAAAUUUAGUGUCUGGAUCAUAUCCACUGAUCUAUGGGUGGCCAUAUUUAUUUUUUGCUGGAAUGAAUUUGCAUGUUUUUUGUGAUUUUGUGUUGUCCGGUCUAUCUGGAUGUACACUGCUCAGUGAAUGGGCUUUGACCAUCUCAUUUAUAUCUAAAGCCAAGAUAACUGGCCAUCUUUUGUUCAUUGUGCAAGUUUGUUCUCUAGAGAUUAAUUUGUCCUUGAACUUGCGUAUUUUCAUUUUUUAGAAACCAAGAUAAUUCAACUAAGAGCCUGUAUAUUAAAUAGCAGGAAAUGUGCUCUGUUUAACAUGCACUUCGAUUUGUUUAACACUGGACAAUGUGGAAAGAAUUCAUCAUUCAUCACUGCAGCUACUGUAUGUGUUAAAAGGGCCUUAUAUAUUUUACCUGCAUUGGAGUAUAAGGAGAGUCCUCAUCAUUAAUAAGGUACACUAACGAUAUACAAUACCAGCAGCUCCCAGAGGAAGAUAAAUAUUUAACAUUUAACAAAUCUUGUUUUUAGUCUUAAGAGCAAAUUCCUUCUAUUAUGUGAAACCUAUGCUGUUAUACAUAUUUUGUGGAUAUAUUUAAUUUUGAUUGACAAAUAGUUGUCUAGGUACAAACUUGAAAAAUAUAGUUUACUUGUGAAUCUUAAUUGUUUAAUUGCAAAAUAAAGAUGUGCUUUAGUAAAAA